CUUUCUUCUUCACAGCUUACAAUUCAGCAAAUAUCACUGUUACAUAUCCUACACCAUCUGUGUAUUAACCAUGGCCUUAACACUAAACACAAAUAUCAUUAUUUCCUUGUUAAUGGUAUUGAGCAUUUGGGCAUCACUUGCGAUGUCUCGCACGUUGUAUGAAGCUUCCAUUGCCGAGAGACAUGAGCAAUGGAUGGCUCGGCAUGGCCGCACUUAUGAGGACCAGGCUGAGAAGGAAAAGCGGUUUAAGAUUUUCAAACAAAAUCUUGAAUUCAUUGAAAAAUUCAACAAUGCCGGGAAUCAGACAUACAAGUUAAGCAUCAAUCAAUUUGCAGACUUAACUGAUGACGAGUUCCUUGCCUCACGCACGGGAUACAAGCCAGUUCCCUCACAAUCACGAACAGCCACAACAUCCUUCGGGUAUGAAAACCUUACUGAAGUUCCCACUAGCCUGGACUGGAGAGAAAAAGAUGCCGUGACUCAGGUGAAAGACCAAGGCAAUUGUGGAUGUUGCUGGGCAUUUUCUGCGGUGGCAGCCAUGGAAGGCAUUACCCAGAUCAAAACCGGUAAAUUGAUCUCACUUUCAGAGCAACAAUUACUGGAUUGUUCCACAAAUGGUAAUAACCAAGGAUGCAAUGGUGGAAUGAUGGAAAACGCCUAUAAUUAUAUUAUAAAUAACCAAGGUCUCACCUCCGAAACGAAUUACCCGUACCAGGCAACGGAAGGAACUUGUGAUACCCAACAGGAAACUGCCCCUGCUGCUCAAAUACAGAGUUAUGAAAAAGUGCCAAGCAAUAAUGAGGAGGCAUUACUACAAGCUGUAGCCAAGCAGCCAGUCUCAGUUGCUAUCGAUUCUUCCGGUUUCAGGUAUUACAAUGGCGGUGUUUUUGAUGGAAAUUGUGGAACAAACUUAAACCAUGCUGUUACCAUUAUUGGAUACGGAACAGCGGAUGAUGGGACCAAAUACUGGUUAAUCAAGAAUUCGUGGGGCCAGACCUGGGGUGAAAAUGGUUAUAUGAGGAUUAAGAGAGAUGUUGAAGCCGCGGAAGGUCUGUGCGGCCUUGCAAAAGACGCUUCCUAUCCAGUUGCAUAAGUUUUUAAAAGGGAGGACAUCCAAACUUCUUAAGUUCGCCAAUAAUUUUUAUCCUUUAGCGUGUCAAAUGUUGAUCUUCUGUUUACGGAGACCAACUAUUAGCCACUGAGCUGUUUUCAUGUUUUUAUAGUGUUGCAUCAAUAUGUUGCUGAUGCAUAUUUUUGUAUUAAUUAAUGUCUUGUUUACAAUGGAAUAUUGAAUUCACUGUCUCA